CCAAAUUGAAAAUAUGUUAGAGAUAUUAGUUUAUAGUAGUGCCGUUGAUUAUCGUAUAUAUUUGUAUUAGUAAUUACUAUUUUAGUAAAGUAAUGUUGAGGCUUGAGCACCUUUUCGCGCUAUUAUAUAUGUUUGUAAUUUAACUAUUACCGUUAAGGUUUUAAUAUAAUAGGUAUCUGUUGUUGAGAGAGGACCAUGAAUUAAGAUAUAUUAAAUAAUGCAUUUAUAUCUUAAUUCAUGGUGAGUACAGUGUUAUAAUAAUUUAAUUUAAAAACGGUUGUUUAGAUAACGAGCUUCAAUAUAUUUUAAAUAUCAGCAGUUGAUGAUCACAUUUUAUAAAAUAUGAAUGACGAAGAAGUAAUUUGGCGUAAGCUGCUCAUUGAUGGUGAUGGAAUUGGUGAUGAUAGACGUUUAAAUAUUUUGCUUAAGACAUAUUUAAAGUGGUGUAAUACUAAAUACACAGAUCCUGUUGAAAGCCAAAAAGCCAUGGAAAAGAUGUUGGUUCAUCUUAAUUUAUGUGAGCAUGCAAUGAAGAAAUCCCAAGCUGUUUCGCGUAUGAAUGUAGAAGAAAUGCUUAUGUAUGACAAUAUGUCUAGUGAAAUUGAUCAUAAUAUAACAAAUACAAAAACUGAGAUAGAUUGUGCUAAAGAAGAAUUAAAAAAAGCUAAAACCAUAAGGCGAAAUCGUAUGGAGUAUGAUGUUUUAGCAAAGCUCAUUAUUCAGCAUCCCCCUAGAACUGAAACUGCUAAACGUCUUGAUGAUUUAAAAGAUGAACUUCAAGCAUUAAAAAUGACAAAAAAUGAAAUCAAUCAAAAACUAGAUAAGAGACGAAAACAACUGCAUGUACUUAUGUCCGCAUUAAAUGACUUAACAGAUAGUUUAGAUGAUAAUGGUUCGAUGAGUGAAGAUAUGUCAUAUGAGACAUUUGAUGAUGAAGACCUUGAUAUAUUAACAAGAAAAGACGAUGUUGAGGAGCCAAUGUCUGAUUAAUCAUUUAAAAAAUUAAAAUUGUUUACAACCUAAUAAAAAUUGUAUAUUAUCAA